ACCAGUCCAGACAGUGCUGGAGGAGUCUUAAUGGAGCAGGAGGUGAAGUGGAAUGGUUCAGAGCAGGUAGAAAUUAAUGACAUGUCUCCCAGGAGUGAAGGAUUCACCAAGCUGCCCAGCAUUGGCCAGCAGACCUGUGGGAAGGCCACAGUGCUGCUCUUUGUGGUUCUGUUGACUUCGGUGGUCUUAUGGGCGAGUCUCCUCUUCCUGCUCCUGAGUAGAACUGCAGAGAUGUCACAGGACCUGCAGCAGCUGCAGGAGAAGGAGGGUCUGAGAAAGAACGACUCGGGUAUCCUGAAUGUGCUGAAACAGCUCCAGGACCAUCAGACUAUGCUGAAGAAUACUGGGGAAGCCCUGCAGAAGGAGUUGGUGAUGGUGAAGACCGAACAAGCGAACAUCAAAUUCACUUCAUCUCAGCACUCCCACUCAUUGGAGCAAUUCCGGGCUGACCAGACCUCCCUAAAAUCCCAAGUGCUGAAUGAGAACAGCGCUGCUCAGCAGGAACGAGGCCAGAUCCAAGGCCAGGUGGAGAGGCUGUGGAUUGAGCUCCAGAGAAUGAAUGUAGGAGGGUGGCCACCCCCACAGAUCCGGACCCCAUCUCCCAGGCCUGAACUCUCUCACCCCCCAGGGUCCAUCUGCUUGAAAUGCCCAGAUAACUGGCAGCUGUUUCAGAAGAACUGCUACUACUUUGGGGAGGAAAUGAAGACCUGGAUCCAAGCCAAGUCCGCUUGCCUUGCCCUGCAGGGGCACCUGGUCAUCAUCCACAGCAAGGAGGAACAGGCGUUUUUGACUAAAAAGGCCACCCUAAAGGGCUACUGGAUUGGACUUCGAAACUCGGUCUUGGAGGAACAACUUCUCUGGGUCGACAGCUCUCAGUUGGAUUACACCAACUGGAAUUUUGGAGAGCCAAACAACCUGGGCCAGGGAGAGGACUGUGUAAUGAUGCGGAGCAACGGCAAAUGGAAUGACGCCACGUGCCGAGGAGGGCAGGAGGGCUGGAUCUGCGAGAAGCUGGCCGUCUGCUGACCGGCGGCCCUGCCGGGGGCCAGAGGCCCGGGGCCAGGACCAGAGCCUGACCCCACUCUGCUCCACACUCCUCAGACACUCAGGAUGGCCCUUUCAGGAGAAGCUUCUUGCACGGGGGCAGCUCCGACCCGGGGUCAUUCAUUCUUUCAUUCAAUCGUAUUUAUUGAGCGCUUACUGUGUGCAGAGCACUGUACUAAGCGCUUGGGAAGUACAAGCUGGCAACAUAUAGAGACGGUCCCUACCCAGCAGUGGGCUCACAGUCUAGAAGCGGGGUCGAGAGUCCUGCUUGCGUUCCGAGAGACUGGAGAGCAACCUCCUCCGGCUCCCCGGGAACUGCAGCUCUCUUCCACAACCUCUCCUCCCUCCUCAACCCCAAACUUCCCUCCCUGCCCAGAGCUGGGAGCCCCAGAGUCCUUCCUCCCAGCUGGAGCUCUCUGCAUGAAUGCACUCGACAGGAACUCCAAACUCCCAAGUCCAUUUGCCUGCAGAAGAGCAGCAGGGAGAGCACAGGGUCCACACAGUCCCCUGCCCUCCUGCUCCCACCACCCUGGGCCAUAAAUUGCCUUCUCGCCCAGAGACUGGGUACCGAGGGCGGGCGGGGGACUUCCUGGGCCACGCAGAUCCUGCUCUAGGAGCCAAGUGGCCUGACUCUGAGCUCCAUUUGCCCAGGGACUCCCAGGGGGCUCUUACAGAACCAGGACCUGAGUGGCUCCCAUCUUCUCAGGGAUGAGACUCUCUGUGGGAACCUCAUCAAUGACUGGGUCACCUUUCUCCCUUUUUAUUGUACAAGCAGUGGUUACAAGCAAAAUAAAGACUAGCUUACCUGCCGCUGGACCGCA